AUGGACGGUAGGGGAGGGUGUUGCAUAGCUAGGUACGCCAUUGGUUCUGGACCGUACGAUUACGACCUCUCUAAAGCAGAUCGCAUCAUGCUUCGCUUUCGUCCCAUCGCUCCUAAACCAACCACCGACGGCGGAGUAAAGCCGGUAUCAAGCGGAGAUAGCGGCGGCGGAAGCGGAAGCUCCGACGUUUCCGUUAGGUCAGGUAGAGGAAAGAGGAAAUGUCAACAGAUUAAAGAGAUUAAUGGUGGUAACGCCAAGAGGUGCACUCGGCGGAGGAGAUCGGAGAAGUCAGUCGUUCACGGCGGAGCUACUGCGGUGACUCUUUCUCUGCUACCGGAGACACCUGAUCAAGGAGAUCUUAAGGCGUCGGUGGAGAAGCAGAAGCGGCAAGGUCCAUUCUGGCUAAGUUUCAGCGACGGUGCCGGGAUGUUAACUCCGGCGUACCGGACGACGGAGGUAUUACCGAGGAAGACGGUGGUGAUCUCGUCGUGUAUGACGGUGGAGCGUGUAACGGACGCUUGGAUUGACGGUUACGGUUUAGGGAGGUCAGAUCAAGAAAGGAAGAUGAAUCUUGUGAGGGAUACGUGUCCUGGUUUCAUAUCCGACGGUUCCGGGAGAGUGACGUGGACGAACAACGCGUACAGGAAGAUGGCGAGGGAUAAUAUUCCGGUGGAGGAAGGUGUACCGGAGAAGACAACGAGUGGCGAUAGUUUUCAUGUGAUCGUACGAUUGGUGAUGAGGGAGAGACCGAUGCUAACGUACCCGGCUUUCACAUGCAGAGUGAAACUACAGUACACGUGUCAAGAUCGUGAGAGAGGAUCAGUCACGGUGCCUUGCGACGUUUGGAGAAUGGAUGGUGGUGGCUUUGCUUGGAGGCUCGACGUUAAGGCCGCUUUGUGCCUUUAA